UGACGCGUGAGUGAAAGGCAAGACAAAAUGGUGCGCGCUUGUUUUUGACGUCGUAUUGUGGCAUUAUAAAAUGAUGUACAGUUUUGCAGAAAUAUUGUUUCCACCUCUAAUGGCAUUGUAAUCAUUGUAUUCCAAGGAGUUAGGGUUAGAAACACAUCACCCGGAUACCACGCAACAAAGCUACAAUCUUGACAAACAAAAAAAGAAGCUAGUAAGCCAUCAUGGAAGAAAUUAAAGAAAGCGAGGAAAAUUCUGUUUCAGAGGUUCCCGGGAAAAUGCCUGUGGACGAUGAGUCAAAUGUAUCUGAUAAAAAUGAAGAGAAAGUAGAAGAAAAGAAAGAUACGGAACCCGACGAUAAAGAGGAUCCUCCUGCUUCCGUGGAUCCGGCGAAUGUAAACUCGACUGAAGAAAUUGUAGCGGAAAGUCGUCCGGAUGAGGAACCGGAUGGGAAUGAAGAACCAACUAGUGCCGUAGCAGAACGGGCCGAGUCCGUCCUAUCACCGGCGAGCGAAAAGUACGAAAGUGCGGAAGAGGAACUUGAAUCUGGCCGUACCAAUGACGAAGCAGCAGCGGAAAAGGAAAAAGAUCCCGACACUGAUGAGAUGGAGGUGGACCCCACCCCAGUGGAAGAACCAAAAGAAUCCGCCGCCGUCAUUGUCGAAGAAGCCGAGGGAACCACUGUACAAGAGGACGAAAACAGUAAUUCCUCCUCUCACUUGCAGGACAUUGAAAUGACUAACGUAGAUGAGAAUCGUGUAAAAAAUGAAGAUACGGUGGAUGAUGAAAACAAUCGUUCAAUGGAUCAGUCAAACGUGCAAGAUCCUUUCGAUCAAGUCAAACAAGCCACUAACGACGGAGGCGAGAGUCGUGAAGAAAAGCAAGACGAUAGCUCUAAUGAGCACCAUAAAGGCGAUGAGAAUACUGCAGACAAUGCAGAAGAUAAUAAUAAGGCAUCAAACGAGGAACAAGAAACAAAUCGAGAAGAAACGGAUGGAAAUGAAGAACCCGGUGAAACUUCUGAGAGUGUUGGCCAGGAAGAAGGCGAGGUAGGCGAUAAGCAAGGCGAGGUGGGGGAUAAGCAGGGCGAGUCAAAUUCAGAUCAACAAAUGGAAGAAUCUACGGCAACCGAUGAUGCCGGCCAGGAAGGGCCAGGGUCACCUAAAGAGUCUUCGACACUAGAAGAUCAACCAAUGGAAGAGGAAUCGAGUGCUACUGUUGACGAUUUAACCGGGGGUGAAAAUGAAAACGUAUGCCUUUUGCCUGAUGACGAGCGACCCAUUUCUGAGGAAGAUAAAGAACGUGCCAUUGCCGAGGAGGAAGCAGCAAAAGAAGCAGAAAGAGUUGAAUCUGAAGCAAGGGAGAGCGAGGAAAAUCGUGCGGAUGAUGGUGGCACUAGUGCAGAGAAGGAAGCCGAACCAGUAGAGGGGUCGACUACGGAAACCGAAAAACCGACCGGUGAAGAAGAGGGGAGUGCAGAAGCUGCAGAAACACAAAUUGAUAAUGUCGAUACGAUCGAAAUACCGGAUGAUGAUGCACCCAAUGAAGAGGUUGAGGCCGACGGCGCAACGAGUGGUGUACCGGACGAGUCUCCGUCUAGAGAAAAUCAAAUACGAGAACUUUCAACUCCUGCCCUCGCGGAAACAUGCGCUCAAUGUAAGAAAGAAUCUACGUUAUGUUGUUAUACCAUGCGGAAGGACGACACUACCACAGACGCCGUUCUGUACAUUUGUUCAUUUGAUUGCGUGGCAAGUAUUCGGACGGAGUUUCCGGGAAAAUUUGAACUAAUCCAACAGCGAGUUACGAUCGUUCCGAUCCUAGGAACUAACGAAACAUGCGUUCGCUGUAGUAAACAGAUGCUUUGCAAGUUCCGCUAUCGGCUGGAGGAAAAUUCCUACAAAUACGUAUGCGAUUCAAAGUGUGUGGAGCAUUUCACCACCAUUAAUAGCGAAAAGUACAGUCUAAGCAAGAAGCGGUAUAUGAUAGAGGAGAAGGUGCCACCGCUGGAGAAUAAAAAGUGUGUUCAUUGCUCGGACACGAAAAGUUGCGCGUUUGGAUUUGUCCAGGACGACGAAGAACUUUUCGUUUGCAACGAUUGUCUGAAUCUGUUCCUCACGGAACAUCCCGACCUGUUCCGAGUGAACCGACGCCGUUUGGUUCGCGUUCGCAACCUACCGAAAGCAUCUCCGACGCUGCUGGGUACCCGCACCACAGAUUCGGCUGCCGGGAUGGAAGUCGUAAAGUUCACUGCCCGUUCCGACGAAGAAGCGGAAGCAGCACGAUUAGAUCGCGAGACCUCCUUUCUUCGCCGUUGCUUUGUGUGCCAGCAUUCCCUGCUGACCAACACGGAGCAGUGGCUGCAGUGGGAAACGAUGGACUUUUGCGGUAUCAAAUGUUUACGUGUGCACCAGAACAGGAUCGGAGAGUUUUGCAUCUACUGUCAGCAGGCGGUGUCCGUGCAGAGCAUGGGAAAAUAUUGCGUCCGUUUCGGAUUUUCCGUAUGCCAAUUUUGUAGCGCCACCUGCUUGGAUAACUACAAAAAGAAGUUAAUCAGUUGCUCGUACUGUCAGAAGGAUGUGUCGAGCAAGGGGAAGCGGUAUGUGGCGCGCGUUGGAGAUCACGGCGUGUUCAAGGACUUUUGCAGCCAGUUGUGCCAUAAACAGUAUCAGUCGGCACUGAAUCCAACCUUGAAACACAAACGCCACGUGUGUGCGGUGUGCAACAAUGAAAAAGUUUCCAAAAUUAUCGUCCAUCUCGAAGGCCGCGAGCAUUACUUCUGCAGCACUCCCUGCUUUUCGGCCUUCAAGUUCGUAAACAACGUUAACCCGGACGAGUGUGGUAUGUGUCAGGACUACUUCGAGCGCAAGUCCUCCGAAGCGUACACCAUUUUCUCCCAGACUGGGUUGUCGGAGGAGGGUGUGCCGUUCUGCACGCAAAUGUGCUUGAAUCUGUACAUUAUUUCACAUCGUCAAAUUGUCGCUUGUCACUGGUGCAAGGUGAAAAAGUAUAACUUUGACAUGAUCCAGCGGGCCGCUGGGAAGGUCAUGUUAUGCUCACUGCACUGUCUUUCUCUUGCUGAAGCUUCUGUGGCAGCGAAAACGAUGCAGGAGAUCCGCUGCGAUCAUUGUAUGCUCGUUCGAACGCCCCAGUAUCAUCUAACGAUGAGCGAUGGCAGUUUACGCAACUUUUGCACUUACCAGUGUGUCAUGUCGUUCCAGAGUCAGUUCAAUAAGCCUCCGUUAACUGUCCACAGUGCCACCGCGGACCAAGAGGCAGCGGAUAGCAGCGCCCCGGUCCCUACGGGUCUUCCAAAGCGCAUUCGGAAAACAGGCAACAUUUCAAUCCCACUCGGCAAUAGCCAGGGAACUAGUUCUACUCCGAGUGCCACUCCGACCACUGUUGUUAGCAAGCUUACAAUGCCCGCUGCCGCACCAAUUCAGUCAACAACGCCGCUCACCACGCGGACCAGGGAGCGAUCUACAAGAACAGUUGCAACCGGUGGAGGAACGGCAAGCAAUGGCGGUUCUGCUAAGACGAACUUACCCGUAAUAUCUUCGGUUCAUUCGCUAGCAAAGUCUGGAGUCCGCGGAACUCGUUCAAAAAGCAACGUUAACGCGUUUGUGCCGGGCACGUGGCCCGAGCUGCGCGUGACACUGGAGCCACUGAUGAACAUCCCUCCGUCAGGGACGAUUCCACUCAGUAGCAUUCUCCCCCCUGCUGCUGGUGCUAGUAGUGGUAGUGCUAGUAGCACCCCUUCGGUACGCACAACAGAACCAUCGGCUACCAUCGAGCGGUCACCGUCACCGGCGGAUCCCCCAGCAUCGCCAUCACCACCGUCUCCAGUUCCCAGUCCAUCUCCACCGCCACCUCCAGCGCCACCGAAAAUAGAAACUCGCACACAAAUCGUCACGAUCCCACCUACACCGGUGCAGGUCGCAAAUGCGAGCACAAUGUGCAAACCAAGUCAGGUCACAAGAAGCGUCUCGUGUCGGCCGAUCCAGUGCAGUGUCGAGUGCCAGACGGACGACUCGUUGCAGCGGAAGAUCGUCAUUCCCAUCCCCGUGCCGAUCUACGUGCCCGUGCCGAUGUUCAUGUACUCCAUGCCAACGCCUGUGCCCGUACCGAUUCCGCUGCCCAUCCCGGUGCCCGUGUUUAUCCCAACCACACGUAAUUCCUCGACCGGCAUCAUGAAGGAGAUCAAAAAGAUUCAGGACAAGAUGCCCUCCGAUCCGUACGAGGCGGAGUUGCUCAUGAUGGCCGAAAUGGUGGCUGGCGAUAAGAAGAAAGAUGAAAGCGACUCAGAUUCCGACGACGCGGCUGCCGAUGAUCAUUUUGGUGGCGGAGGAGGAGGAGCAGGCAGCACCGGUGGUCAUGAGAUCGAGCACAACACUUCGUUCAGCGAGGAUCUGGUGCAGAUGGCGUUGAAGAUGGCAUCGAACGAUUACGAAGAGACGCACGUCGAUUUGGAGUCUGCCAUGCAGGCGAACACCAUUUCGCAGCAGCAACAGGAGCACCACCAUAGUUACACCGAUCUAACGCAGCACCAUCACCAGCAGCAGUUGCUAAUGCUUGAACAUCAGCGCCAGCAGGAAACACCGACACUCGUCACCCGAGGUCGCAAGCGUGGAAUGGCCGCGGCUUCUGCCGGACAACGCUCGUCGGCGGCUAACAAUAACACCCAGCAGCAGCUGACGACUUCAGCGUCGAAACGCAUCAAAAGGGAGCAGAUCAGCGAACCGUCGCCCGAACCGGUGCGCGUCGUGGAACCGGUUGAGAAACCGGAUGCCAACAUGUGUCUCAAGUACACGUUCGGCGUGAACGCAUGGAAGCAGUGGGUGUUAACGAAGAACGCCGACCUCGAGAAGAGUAGCAUUCGUCGGAAACCAUUCAAGUCGGACAUCCUACAGCUCACGGCAGACGAGCUCAAUUUUUCACUGUGUCUCUUCGUGAAGGAAGUGCGCAAACCGAAUGGGACAGAGUACGCGCCGGAUACAAUCUACUACCUUGUGCUGGGUAUUCAGCAAUAUUUAUUCGAAAAUGGAAGAGUGGAAAACAUCUUCACUGAUCCGUACUACGAGCGCUUCACGGAUUGCUUGGAUGAAGUGGCGAAAAAGUUCUCGGUGCUCUACAACGAUUCUCAGUUUAUUGUAACUCGAGUUGAAGAGGAACACCUAUGGGAAUGCAAGCAGCUUGGUGCACACUCUCCCCAUGUGCUGCUAAGCACGCUGAUGUUUUUCAACACUAAGCAUUUCAAUCUGGUGUCGGUCGAAGAGCACAUGGAGCUCAGCUUUUCCCAUAUCAUGAAGCACUGGAAGAGAAAUCCUCACCAGGGCCCGAAGUCAACUGCUUCACGAAACGUACUAUUACGUUUUUAUCCGCCGCAAUCAUCGUUGGCCGCAAAUUCAAGGAAGAAAAAAGUGUACGAGCAACAGGAAAAUGAAGAUAAUCCUUUGCGCUGUCCGGUGAAACUUUAUGAAUUUUAUCUAUCGAAAUGUCCGGAGAGCGUAAAAACCCGCAACGAUGUAUUCUAUCUACAGCCAGAACGGUCCUGUGUUCCCGAUUCACCCGUCUGGUACUCGACGCAGCCGCUUAGCAAAGAAUCUUUAAGCAAAAUGUUGCAUCGCGUGAAAAUGGUGAAGGAAAUCAACAUUGCUCUGCUUACUAGCUAAUGAGAUACAUAGGAGCCUAAUGGCCUGAGGAAAUGAACUGGCGUGCCGUGAAUUUAUGGCACUCAUUGUUGCAAAAUCGAAUGAUGUUGCGAUGGUCGUGAAUAUUUUAAUACUAAGCUUCCUGCUGGUAACAGUUUUUGCUAGAACUAACGAAUAAUGCUUAACGGAUCUUAUGUUCGUAGUAUUUGUCAUUUUUCUAUCCUGCGAUGCUAUUCUGAUGUACAUCGCUAGAGAAAAGAAUAAUUUUCCUUCCUCGGUUUUAAUUUUUCAUUAUAUCAAAAUAAAAACAAAACUUCAUAGAUGCUUGCUAUAGCACCACGUGUUUAAGUUAGGAUACUCAAUGUUUUUUGGCAAUGUGAAUGUAGCACGCGGUUUAAGAAUUGCAAUGUGUAUGAAAUGGAUUAAGAAUGCAAAAUGUACCCAAUACACAUUUUCGAUUUGCUCAUGUAAAUAUUGAAAGUCCAGAAAUCAGAAUAUUAUCUUUACAACUAUAAGAAUCGGUACAGCACAAAGGGACACUUACUGUUUCUGUUAUCCCCCUCAGAAGUAGUGUGGUAUUAGUUUCAUAGCCUACAUCUAAGAAUAACAAGGAAAAUGAUUUCAGUUUUCGUA